GCAUCUCAAUUUAAUUCCAAAGUCUCUCUGCUUUCUCCUUGCGUGCUAAUAUUUGAGACCAUUAUAAACAUUUAUGCAGGAAAGGAGCUUCUCGUGCCAAAGGGGCUGACGUGCAGGCAGAUCGAACCUUUCGAUUGAUACUGAAACAAUUUGCAUACUGAUUCUCUUUCAGUGCGCAGAGAUCCAUAACAACCUCGGUCAGCUAUUCAAAUGCGCCUGCAUGGAGAAAGUACGGAGAGAAGCGCGGCUCCGGAGCAGGAAAAGAGGGACUUUUUGCUGGAUGGAUCAUUUGGAGAAUCAGAAGUGCGCUGCAGCUAUUAAGGAUCUUUUCCAACGGCAGGAUCAGGGACGUUGGCAGCCCCGAAGAAAAGCUGGAUGCCGGUGGUGCAGCCGUGGAAGGAGGAGGAGGAGGAGUAUGAAGAAGAGGAGGAUACAGAGCGCAGAAUGGGGGAAAACACACAACAAACGCGCACAAAAACGCAUAAUGCAUCGCCUCGUUUUUAAGCGUCUCGUGACAUGGAAUUUUUUUUUUUUAAAAAGUCCAUGCAAAUUGGCGUGGAAGCGUUGUGCUUCUUUGCGCCGCUGAAUGGGAGUGAGCUUGGAGGAUGAUGAAGGUGCGUGACAGAAUAGAACGCUGCGGUAAACGCCAGAGACUACACGGUGUGAGCUUGUCUCUGUGUUUGCGUGUGGCGCAGAAUGAAAGUUUGAAUGCACACUCUUCAACACGGGCACCCUGUUGAGAAGAAACGUGGAAAAAAGUGGGUGCUACCCUGAUCUGUUAUAAUGACGCACUAUAUCUGCACACAAACUUGCAGCAGCUGCCGCUGCGUCACGUAUCCGUAGACCUGCUGCAUUUAACAAACGAGUGGCCAAGACGGAGGAGUUUUCGCCUGUAAAACGUAUAAAUACCAAAAGACUUAAUUAAACAAUAGAAAAGUCAUUUAGACAUUUGAUUAGAAAAUGUCUGAAGUUUUGCGCUCGAGCUUUUCUUAGAAAUAGUGCAGAGAGGAUGCCUUUUAACUUUUGUAUGUAUUUGUCGAAUCACAUUUCAUGCGAAAUAACGCUGCACUUAUUGUGAUUGUGUCACUAAAAUGUUCUCAGGUCUAAGAGUGGAAAGUUGCCUUCCUGCUAAGCUUCAUUAGAAGUCUAACAUAGUUAUGCAUAAAAAUAUGCGCUCUGAUGAAAACAAACCAGGAAAAAAUAAAAUAAAAUAAAAUUGUUGUCUUCCCAACCAGGAAAAGCUCUACUGUCUUAAUGAUGAAGGAAAGAGUGAAAACUGUCUUUGGUUUGAUGUGAUUGUAAUCCAUUUAGCUUCAAAAGAGUCAAACUAUUAUUAAUGAAAUUUAAAUAUGCCUUAUGCCAGACUAAUAAAGCGUGUGUUUAACCCUUUUCUUAAUAUUUACCAGCUAAGCCUAUUAUUGAUGUCCAGGCAGCCCCUCAGCCCGCUGAAGAGGCUGCUGACUAUCGUUGACACGGUUUUGUUGUCAUAAUUGGGGUCUCUUUAAAGUUACAGAGAGUAAUUGGGCGGCAUAUGGACACCUUAAUGUAAAGUGAUGCUUUAUUAAUCUCACAUGAGUGCGCGAAUCAGAGCAAGUGACGCGGAAUAACACCACAGAAGAGGCAGUUAGUUGAUUUACCCCUGAGCAAGGCAGCAGGUGCUGCUCGGCCAUGAUGGCAUUUUAAAAGUUAAACAAAAGGCAAAUUCCUUAAUUGAAGACAGAAAAUAUAAAGAAAAUGAUGGUUUAAAAUAUUUUGACCAAUUUACUUUAAAGAUCUGUAAGUUUGUCCUAAAUGUAUGGCCUUUAAGGGGAAAAAUAUUUUACUCUAUUUCCAAAUUUUGUUUUCAACUUUUUCCAAACAAUUCAUUUAAAAUGGCUUAAAAAUAAAUAAACAGCUACCUUCUAAAAAUAAAUUAUUUUUUGUAUUUAUUUGAUGCCUUCUAAAUGAAUUUUAUAUAAUAUUGUCUAAAUAUUGUUGAUUAAUGCAGGGCAAUUAAAUUACACAGAAAAUACCACACGCCAGGUUCAAAUACAGGCAAUCUUUUUAGGAUGGUUUAUUUUAACAAAUUGUAGGUCUUUGCCUGAGUCCCUGCAGGAAUUAUAAUUUUAUUCAAUAUUGAUUGGAGCGGUGUGGUGUGUUUUCAAGGCCUUUACUUCAAAUAUGCCGUAAAGGGCAGCCCCAGACGAUGCAAUUCUUGAUGUUUUUAAGAGAUAGAGAAUCUAACUUUUCUUUAGAUAUUUUCCAGGUUUAACAUUUCUGUGUUUCCUGGUGACAUUUCUAUUUAUUUUGUUUUUUGUAUUUUCGGAAAGAAAAUUGAUCCUAACAGAAAGGAGCAGCAGGUUUGCAGAAAUGCUUUUUUUAAAGCUUCGACCAGUAAAUGAAAUUAUGGGUCAAAACGAUGAAACGUGAGGAAGGGGAUUUGUUUCCAAAAGGCUAAUUCAGUUUAGGCAUGCAUGCGCCUUUACGCAUUACGGGUUCACUCCCCAUAAAUGAAGGCCAAACUCAAGCUGGCUCAUUUGUAAAGCAUCACUUUUGCCAGAUGCCAUUUGGUUAAAGGCUCUUUCCGAAAUAGGACGUAAUUGUCAUUUUAAACAUCUAUAAUGCUUGUCAUUUUUGCAGAGCUGCUGAAAUAUCGAUCCACUGUCCUUUCUGAGAGGCAUUACGUUGUUUCUGCUCGGAUGUGAUGCGGGCUUUAGGACAAUGAAACCAUGUAUUAACUGUCAAACUAUCUUACCAAGCCUAUUAUAAUAUUAAUAAUAAUUUAAAAAUUAAAAACACUCAGCGCGUAAUUUUACGGAUAUGUUGGCACCUGUUGGUUUCUGCGUCAGUUUUCAAUAUUUGAAGAAACAUAUAUCUUCUCUAGGUUUAAAAAUAAAGGAAACGCUGUUCCUUAUAAGAUUCCGUGCAAAGCAAAUGCCACAGACGCGUAAAAGCGGGCUAAGGAAGCACAAUGGCCACAGAAAGCCGAACACGCAGCUGAGGUCGAGCAGACGUGGCAGAAGUAUCGAUCUCUAUGAGAACGUGUAGAUGUGGUUUGCUGCCAAGAGGCCAAACUUCCGCCUGCAUUGUGCUCCAUUCUCUGCGGUUGUAGAACAAAAAUUAAAAUGAAGCUUUAAAUAUAUAUAACUAUUUAUGUGGUUUUUAAUUGAAAGUCAUUUUUUAAUAUAUUUUUAGUAAUUUUUUCUUGAUAAUAAAUUAAAGUAUCAACAGAUCCAAGAUCGACCUAAUGCGCAUCCUAAUUAAAUCCGCGGUGUUUCUCUUCUAUCUGCCUUUAAACCCCGCAAGUCCCCGCGCUGCACGCUUGGACAGCCACACUCUUCAGAGUUGGUCCCCCUUUGUCUCGACACACGUCACACACACGCCAUUGACAUUGACUUCACAUCAGAGACAGUUUAACUUCUUCUCUUUCUUUUCUCUUCUUUUAUUUAGCUCGUUCAACCGAGCGCCCACUCUAUUGUGGGAGGGCCCUGACAGAUGUGGGGCCCCUAGCAGUCCCAAAAACAGGGAAAAGUCUGAAAGGUUAAUCUGUCCCCCCGCAGAUGUUGGCUUUGGGAGUCUUGAAGCGUCACCUUUGACAUGUCCCUCAUUCGGCGGGGGGUCCAGAAGGACAUUGGCCGCUGCAAGCUGUCACCUCUUGCCGACUGAGGACGCCCUGCAUGCGCUGCCGCUCUGCUGGGCUAAACGGCGCCUGACACGGCAUCAUUGGACGGGCUCUUAUCGGGGCAGAAAAGUUUUGACAAAAGGACUAGUCAGUUUAUGCAUCAACAAAGGUUCUUACCUCUGGAUUUUGCAGAAAAUCUGCGCGUAAUUGGUAAAUUCAAACAUUUUUGGAACAUGCACAAGUUUUCUCUCAACACAACAAAAGAUCAGGUUGCAUUUUUACACUUGAACGUCAUUCUUAAAUUGUUAAGACACACGUAAACACACACUCCCAUGCUGGGCUUGGUUCGUUAAGCCUAACGUUUGAACAAUGGACACAUCUGCUCAUCUUUUUCUAUCAAAAGACAAGGUACUGCGGCCCUUCUUGGUGUGGUUAAACCGCCACAUAUUUGGCAUUUGGGUGGGGGUGGGGAGGUGCAGCUGAAGUGCGCCGAUAAUGAAAGAAUAGUCCGUGUGAUGCGCAUGAACACACAUACACAUGCACACACUGCAAAUUGACUGACAGCCCUUAAACCGCUAAUUAACUCGUCAGAUGAUUUGUGCGCAAGCGUCGCUUUUCUGCUGUCAUGAGAGGAACUACAAUUGGAGGUUUCGGAUUUUUUUAAUCCAAAACAGAAAAGAUGGGGGGAAAAACUCCAAAUGCACCCGGAAGUUGUCUUUAUUUGCAGUUAAUGAUUUACGGAAGCCUAUAGAUGUCAAGCUCUAAUGAAUCGGAUAUUUUCUAAACAGCAGUUAUGAGCUGAAUAUUGGCCUCUGUAUCCAGUUACCACAGCUCAAUACCGUGAGACCAAUACUUAUUGGAAACUUAACUAAAUGCCAUAAAGCGGCUAAAUAUGGAUUUGAAGUGAGCUUUAAGCAAAUAGUUUGAUUCCUCCUCCCUAAUCAGGUACCUGACGUCAACGCGGUGGCUCCGUGUGUGCGCGUGGGAGAGACAGAAAAAGAGAGAGCGCGCAUGGGAGGAGGUGUGUGUCCACUGUGCGCAUGUGUAGACGGUGUGAUCUGUGCUGCGGUGGAGCAGGGACUGGACACAACUAGAGAGAUGGCGCGGCACCCGACCGGAGCGCAAGGACAGCUGGUUGGCGGUGGGGGGGCUUAAAUGAUAGAGGAGACGAUUUUUUUUUAAAUUAUUUUUUACUUUUUAAGAAACUUAUUUGGAAAUUAAAAGGAAACGGAUUUGAAAAGGAUUUUAGCUUUGGGAAACAGCGCAGAGACGUUUUACGCAAAGACAACAGCGAAAGGAGACUAUUGAAACGAAGUGGUGGAGGGGGGACGGCAACAAAAGAGAAUUUUACUCCCCUGGAUGUGAGACUUCUGGGCAUCAGUUUACUGCAGCAGGUCAGAUAGAUGAUUUGUCCACAGCGCUGCCCGGAUCAUGAACGCACAGCUGUCGAUGGAGAAUAUGGGAGACCUGCAUGGAGUGAGCCAUGAGACCGUGACCGGUCACGGAGAGCUGCUUAGUGGCCACAGUCCGCAUUCCCGUCCGAGCCCCCGGGGUCUGAGCCAUCGCGCUAUGGGCAUGGCGACCCUACUGGACAGCGGAGACUAUCACCCCAGUCACCACGGACACCUGCAUCCUGCCAUCAGCAUGUGUGAAGCCCCCCCUGGCAUGAGCGCCAGCACCACUUAUACGACCCUAACUCCGUUGCAACCCUUGCCCCCCAUCUCCACCGUGUCCGACAAAUUUCCUCCUCAUCACCACCACCACCACCACCAUCCACACCAUCCUCACCCUCAUUCUCACCAGAGGAUCCCCGGAAAUGUCAGCGGCAGCUUCACGCUGAUGCGGGAGGACCGGAGUCUGGCGCCCAUGAACAGUCUGUAUCCUGCGUACCACCACAAGGAUCCCUGCAUGGGCCAGAGCCUCUCCCCGCUCUCUGGAUCCGGGCUGGCCAGCAUACACACGUCCCAGGCCGGCAUUCCUCCUUAUGCCCAUCCGGGAGCCGCCAUGCCCGGAGAGAAGAUGCUCACACCCAGCGGGUUUGAGGCUCACCACCCAGCCAUGCUCGGCAGACACGCAGAGCAACACAUGAGCUCCUCCGCGGGCAUGGUGCAAAUCAACGGCCUCCACCACCACACCCACGCCCACCUUGGCGCACAGGGACACGGUCAGGGACUGGGGAACAGCCGGGAGCAGGCUUCCGGGCCCGGCCGGCAAGGGGGCAGCGGUGGAGGAGGAGGUCUUUCUGGUGGACAGAUGGAGGAGGUGAAUACCAAAGAAGUGGCGCAGAGGAUCACCACGGAGCUGAAGCGCUACAGCAUCCCUCAGGCCAUCUUUGCCCAACGCGUUCUUUGCCGAUCCCAAGGGACAUUGUCCGACCUGCUACGAAACCCAAAGCCUUGGUCAAAGCUCAAGUCCGGCAGAGAGACCUUCCGGCGCAUGUGGAAGUGGCUGCAAGAGCCUGAGUUCCAACGGAUGAGUGCGCUCAGGCUCGCAGGUGAGCGAAGCCUCGCAUGCAAGCGUAAGGAGCAGGACCACGGCAGGAGCGAGCGGGGAAAUGUGACCAAGAAACCCCGGCUUGUGUUCACAGACGUCCAGCGGCGGACACUUCACGCCAUCUUUAAAGAGAACAAGCGUCCAUCCAAAGAGCUGCAGCUCACCAUCGCCCAGCAGCUGGGCCUCGAGCUGGCUACAGUCAGCAACUUCUUUAUGAACGCGCGUCGCCGGAGCCUGGAUAAGUGGGUGGACGAUGGCUCUCUCUCAGCCAACUCUGGGCCCAACGCCUGCACCAAAGCCUAAUUUGACCAACUCAUGUACUAACUCAACCUCGGUGGAAAAGCUUUAAAACUUAAGAGAAACAAAGACAUCUUUAAAAAAAAACAAAAAACUUUGACGUUUUGCCCUUAAACCUGUACUAUAUUGAUAUUUAUAGAAUCCAAAGAUGAAAAAAGACAAACCAAAGACUUCUUGUUUGACCUGCUUUAAAAUGUUUGUUUCUGCAAAACAUUUAUGUGUAACAUACCACAAAAGACUAUACUUUUACUCCCCCUGACUCACACACAGAUGGGCACUGGUCUCUAGCUUUAUUACACCCUCAACUACCCCCUCUGCAUCAAUCUAUCAUUGCCAUCCUUAUCUUUAAUCUGAUUGGUUGGUUUUAAUGAUGGGUCCCCAAAUGGAGGUCUAAUCAGCCUAUAGGCAGUCUGAUCUGCAGCUGUCCACAGCUUUGAAAAACAAGGAAGAAUGGAGUUCCAGCAGGGUCAACCAAUCAAUUUCAAAGGGAAACGAAACCUGCUGGGGCUCGAGGAUUGUUCUACAAUCUUUGUUUGGAUUGGUCAGAAGGACUUUCUGACUGUAUGCCUGUUUAUGUGUCUCUGUUUGUCUGCGCAGCUGUUUGUCUGUCUGCAAAGCAUCCCAGACAGGAGGAGAAAUGACCAUUUAGUAGACUGCUAACCCAAAAUCAAGAAAAAAAGGACUGUUCCCAACCCUAACCCACUCUGUAGUGCUUUCCUCUAACAUGCUGAAGCAUGGAGCCAUUUCUUUAAGGACAAACCACAAUUUUCUACCCCUCAAAGCUGCUUAGAUGUUUAACUUCUAGCAAAUCUGCCAUGAAGUAAUUUACCAAAGAUUUUAUCUUACAGUUCUUUUUUUUACUUGUGAUUUUUUUGGUGAUCCACUUCAAAGAUCAGAAUGAUGUGUGUGGUCUUACCAGCUUUAUGCUACUUGCCUUAAGUAUGCCUUUAUUUGAAUCACAGAGAAUAUGAAUCCACCUUUACCUUCUCAGUCAGUUUCUCAUAAAUGCUCAUUGUGAAGACAAAUAGAUACAGUUUCAUAAAAACCUGCAAAUCUUUUGUGUCCAGGCUCCCAGCAGGCAAACAGACAAAUCCGUCCAGUUUGUUGUCUUCUCUACAGCAGUUUUGGCUCAGUGUGUGAUCUUGACACUGUGUUAGGGAGGCUGGCAGCCCCUCCUGAUUUUUGUUUUUCUUUUUUUUUUUGCACAAAGUGUGUCACCACUCUGAUAUAAGGACUGAGCGUCACCUCAUCCUCCCUGUGCGCUGCAUAGGGAUUUGAUUUUAUCUCCUCAUCAAAGAUGUAGUGCAGAGGAGAUGAUAUCAAUGAUCAAACCACUUUCAAGCGCUUACAUAGCAAUGUCACCUGACUACAAAAGCACCCCACACACACACACUUGCUCACCUCCCAAGCUUGCUGCCAAUUUCCCGACCCCCUCUCUGUGUGUGCCAUGCAUUUCAGCAGAAGGAAGAGAGCACUACACAGGGCAGCGCUGCAUCAGUGGGCCGCUGGUGCCGCCAUCCUCCUCUUUGAUAAGGGUUAGCAGCUCUACUCUCAUCACAGAGAGCUCCAAAGAAGGGGGUCAGAGGAAGCUGCUUCUUCAUCUCCAAGAGAAAAACCAAAAAGUGGACAAGAAACAAAAAAAAAUGUGUUGAGACCUGCUGAUGUUUUAUAGUGUGAACCAAAGAUGCUACCUCACUCAAGUUCCAUGUGAUUUAUAUCACUUUGAUGAUACCAAAGAGAACCAAAGAUUUUUUCCCAUUGCACGGCCUCUGUGAGUGGUUAUGAAAAGACAGUGUGAUGUAUGUGCCCCCCCCCCCCUUUCUUCUGCCUCCUCUCUUUCCUCCUUAAAUCCUUUCUUCUCCUUCUCUGUCCUCUCCAGCCAACAAUCAAACCGUGCACCCCUGCUAUGCAUGCUCCUGCUUCUUCUGCGCUGAUUACAGCUCCAUAGAUAGUCGUGCUGAUGUAGCUUUAGGCAGAAGUGUUGAUCCAGCUAUAGAUGCUCACAAGCAGCAGUGCAGGUGCCUGCAGGAAACACUGUUAAAUCCUGGUAUCAGAGAUGCAGUAAUCCGCUGUGUGGACAAAAAGAGCCAGUUCAAAUCUGACAAGCCAAAAAAAAAAACCCAACAACAUUGUAAACUUAAGGAUUUAGUGUAUUUCUAUGUCACAGAUUUCUUGAUUUGACGUCCAUUCAGCCCGGCCUCUGUGUGUUUGGUCAUCAGAAGAUCCAUUUAACAGGUCAGACAUUUCCAUGCCACAACAAGCUGACAGCCUUGACACAGCCAUGGGCAAAGUUGUUGACUCAACUAUAGGCAGACAUGUUCCUGAAAGUAGACGUGUUGCAAUCUUUCUAAAACUCCCAGGACGAGUGCCUUGCUUGAACCAAAGUGUUAAACCACUGCUGACCUCUCACCUUUGACUCUGUGAAUACCUCAGCCUGUAGAAGGGCCUCAACUGAAGAAACAAGGAGUAAUUGUGUUUCUUUUUUUUUCUUUUUCUAAAAAGAAAUGAACAAAUCACACCACAAUGCUUACAACUGGUGAAACCAUGCAAUGAAAAGGUACCAAAGGAUUUUUUUUGUCCACUUCUACAGAUGAAACCAAAGGUCUUUGUUUCCCCGUCCUUUUGCCCUCUUUCUCCCUCUUUCCCCAUACCUCUUUCUCAUGUCCUCGCUGUGUGUGGGAAGGUCCAGCACUCUGGCCGUGCAUGUCUUUACCACUGUCUCUGAAUACCUCAUAGUAAUAAUUCCCUUGAGUUCUGCAUGCAGGUGUCUGUCUGCAAGAAAGGCAGGACUCUAGUUAUGUGAUAACUUUUUUUUUAAAUCUAAAAAGCUGUCUGUUUACCUACUUUCAAUUUGCUAACUGCUUUUUUUGGCAAAAGUGUUCUUUUUUAUGAAUGAAGAAUAGGUUUGUAAAUGUAAAAGGAGGAAAAAGCUUAUCCUUCGUCAGACUAUUGCUUUUACAGGGUAAAACCAACUGCUGUGAUGUGUUCAUGUUUUCUCUUUUUUCUUGUGCGUUGUGAUUUUAAUUUAACUGCAUUUUUUUAUUUGUUAACCACGUUUUUAAUUUAUGCAUUUGUAGAAACUCUGGAUUUGUACAUAUUAGGUUUUUGGGGAGGAAAAAAAAAGACACAAAAAGUAUUUUUUUUUUUUUGUUACAUCCCUAUUGUCAUGCUUACAAAGAUUCUUCUUCGACUAAAUCUUAGUCAGCAUUUCAAUGUGUGUUUUGAACACUGCCACAAACCCAGACAGUCUAUUUGCCAUUUGCCAACAAAGUUAAAGAUGAGUUUUUUGUUGGGCAGGUGGCGAAAAAGCAGCGUGUAUGUGUGUUUUUUCUAAAUUCUUUUGACUUUUAAACACAGUUAUAUUAUGGGUAUUACUGCACAUUCAAAGAUUUUUAAAACAAACCAACAAAUUGGAAAAAAAGUCUAAUGUUAAAAAGCACUGGAAUUUGUGAGGUAGAUUUGUUUUUAUUUGCCAUUCGCACGGGUAUAUAAUGUAGAAGGCGUAGAGCUAUGUAGGUAAGCUUACUCUACCAUGUGGGGAAUCUCCUGUUUAUGUACAAUCCAAAGCAUUUAAAAAUGAAAAAAAAUAGCUCACUUUGCUGCCUCAUACACAGAGUGAGUUGGAGUGAAGGCUGGGCAGCCGGUCUGCCGGGGGCCGUGCCACGGAGCUGAGUCUGUUUUUAUUACCGUGGUACUGCUGCCUCACUCCAUCUAGUGUCUGUUAUUUUGGUGCGUACUCGUGUAAUGACUACAAGCAAAGUCUAAUAAAUCUGCAAAACUCCCUACCAAGGAAUCUGCGUGUCUGAGUGUGCAUGGGCUUUCUGCUUUUGGAUGUGACUGUGCAGAAGUCCUGAGGAGUUGCGAGAUGUUUCAUUUUCUUUAAUUUUUCCGUUUGCGUGCAUUUCUGCACUGCAUUUUUGCAGACUGUCUUUUUUUUACUGAAAAUAUCAGGCUGUUUUCUGAUGUGUGCGAAUGUCUGUGACUUUCCAGUGCAAAUUAGAGCAGUGGAUCUCUGACUACACCAGAGACAGCUGUGUUUCUUAUGUCAUGCUCAAACAGCACAGAGUCUCCACAGACUGAAAGAUGACAGAUAGAAUCAGAGUGUUGUGCACUCAUUAUGUCAGAUGUUGGAGAAUGUGGAUGUUCCUUAGCAACAUACAGGUACUUAUUUUUAUGUGUCAAGGCCUGUAUUGAUAAAGACACCGUUUGAUGCAAUGUGGACCUAUUUAUUUCUAUAUUUUGUAUUGUUUUGAUUUAUGUUAUUGUCCUAGAAGGAGUUCCCAUAUGAUGGGUAGCUUGGCUACAAGUCUCAUAACAAUAUACUGAAGCGCCUAAGACAAUCAUCUGGAUCUCUCACGCUGGAGAACUAGUUUCUCACCCACAGAGGGGUGUCCUUCAGCUAUUCACAAACAAAGAUGCUUGAAGGGUUUUUGAUAAUCAGGCAUAUUUGUUGUCAUACAUUUACAUUUACAAAAUGGUUAUUAGGGUUUUAAAAAGUUAAUUUUGCUCUUGCAUUUAGAAGUGAAAUCCCAUAACAACCUUGUUCUUUUUUUUAUCUCCGCUCACAGUGGUUUAUUUUUCUUAGUUUUCAGCCUUUGAAUGUGUGAACGUGUGAGCCUGUCUGUGUGCAUGAGUAUCAGAGAAGCAAUGCUGUUGUUGUUUUUACACUCAGAUGUACAACUCCUUGUCUCAUGACUUGAUUUGUUAUUGCUGUUCGCCCACGCUUUACUACUGCUUUCUCAGUGCCGUGCAAUAUCAUCUGUUGUGAUUGCUAAGCAAAUGAUUAAAAAAAAGAAGAAAAGAAAAGAAAAUUGAGAAGCAAGUAACGAUGUCAUCCAGCUUUUUUCAACGUUUCAAUGUUUCAACAUUUCUGUAGUCACAAAAGGUAGAAAAAUAAAAUGUUGGUAUUUCCAGCC